AUGAAGGAAGAGGACUCCGGCGCCAUCUUGGUAUACCGCAAGGGGAACAUUGGUUGUGGAAAUGCCAAUCAAUCGGUCAAACCGGGAAAGGAUGGAAUGCAUCCGACGGAUGUAGCAACGGAGUGGGGACUUUUCACUGCGAAUAAAAAGUUUUUCUUCCCCAUGGUUACCAUUCUUCUGAUGGGAGAAACGCGUUUUGAUGCGCCAAACAAGGUCUGGAUUCUGAAGGAAGUCGGAAAGGGAUACUUUACGUUUGAACUUGUCGAAACAGGUAACAUCUUCAACACAAAAUGCAAUAGAAAUGCCGUCAAAGGUGGCUUGGUCGCCAAUAUUUUUGUUGGCGGAAGUUUGGGCAUACUCGGACAGGCGGUGGCCAUCGAGCAGGCCGAUACUGUUCCAGUCCUCACAUGUUUUCCAGAGACCGUCACGGUGGGCUUUGGUGUCGAUAUUGUGUUGCUCAAGGUGAUGUUGCAUGUCAAGGGUGUAGGGCUCAAGUUUAUUGGGAACUUUUUCAUGGCGCUCCACUUCAGCAAGGGUGGUAUGAAUAUCGGGAGACAUGUUGGUAUCGCUCGGGUUGUUGUAUUGGGGAUCACGACCGGUAAAAAGGCAGAAAAAAGACACUGCGGCAUGGAGGUACUGCUUGAUUGUGGCAGACUUGAUGUAUUGUCCUUUAAGGGUUCGACCGGUAGCAAGUGCCACGGUGUAGAGGGCAAAGGUUGCGACGCGGCGUUCGUGAGGGAAGUCGGGGCCAUUCAUUAA